AUGCCGAUGCGCCUUGUCCGCAAAACGGCAAAGGCUGGAAGCCAAGAGGAAGCAAAGAAGAAGCGAGGCGACGUCAAUAUCCGUCUCUUAGACGUGCUUGCUGCACAGUUAUGUUGCAUGACAAGGCUUAUCGACCCAAACGACAACGGCGGCGUCAUCCAACCACAACAACAACCACCUACAAAGCGGAGAGAGGGGCCCAUGGACAGACGGGACCUCACUUCACCCCACGCAAGCAACAACCAACAGCACUUCCUAAAAGACACAAACACCAAACUGCCAGCUUCCAUAUCCCACCUCCUUCGCCAGCCAAAGAGUCUUCCCAACUUCGGCUUCUAUCAAAUCAGCAAAUCAUAG